AUGCUGCGUUCCUCCUUGUGCUACGUACGUUUAGUAACAACACCUAAACGUUUCCUAAAACAUAAACGCCCUGGAGAUAAGAUGAUUCCGCCACCACACUCCAUAUCAUUAACCGUUGUUGGCAAUGGACGUGCUGGUUCCUCGAAAUCAAUGCUCAUUGACACGGGGGUAUGUCGUUAUUUGGUCAACUGUGGUGAGUCAACGCAAAGAGUCUUGGCAGAAUAUAGAAUGAAAACUUCGCGCAUACAACAUGUCUUUCUUACGCGUAUGUCUUGGGAUUGCACUUCUGGAUUACUAGGUGUGGCAUUGACUGCAAAGGCCGCAGGAGUUAAGAAGUUAACUAUACAUGGACCCACAGAACUAGAACAUCUGAUGCAAUUGACUCGUCCGUUUACUGAUUGUAAAACAACCGAUAUCGUCAUGAGUGAAAUUCAUGAGAAGUAUUACACUGAUGAUGCAUUUCGCGUACAAUCUUUCCAAAUAUUCAAGCCAACAAACGUAAAUGAAGAACCAGUCUACAAACGACGAAAAGAAAAUCUGGGUAAUGUAUCAGAAUCUAGUGUUUUUAUAUACUACUUCCAGCCAUUUCGUACACGUCGUAAGUUGAUCAUGUCAAAGUUCAAUGAAGCAUGUAUACCAGCAUCUGUUCUGAAAUCCGGGGAAAUACAAGCUGUUAUAAAUGGAGAAAAUUUAAUUUUAAGUGAUGGACGUAUAAUAUCUCCGGAUGAAGUAACUGUGCCAUCACCACCAUCAAAAAAUAUGCUUUUCGUCGACUGUCGAAUUCUGAUUACAUUCCUGCAUUUAUAUCCAAUGAACACUUUUUCAAUUCUAUUCAAGCCGAGGAGCCUAGUGGAAAUCUAA